GCUUUUCUUUGGCGCUUGUAAUGCCGCGCGUGGCCCCAGGGUGGCACUAGCGGCUUUCUGCCCUUCCUCCGACCGACGCGUCAAAGAAGAAAAGGCGGAAGCAGAAGCAACCAGCGGCCGGUCAGCAUGUCGCCACCCGGAGGGAAGAUCAACAGACCCAAAACGGAGUUGGGCAAGAAGCUGUUCAAGCGACGCCGUGUUCUGGGACGGCAGAAGAAGAAGCGAAAUCAGAUCGUGGGCGCCGUGGUGGACCGAGGCCUGAUCACCAUCCAUCACCUCCGGAAGAGGAGAACGAGUCCCAGGGCCAACAUCACAUUGUCGGGCAAAAAGAAGCGAAAGCUCAUCAAGCAACUGCAACACCUCCAAAAGGACCGAGCCUCAAUGGAAGUCGAAGCUGCAGCUCCUCCACCAAAAAAGAAGGUGCGCAAGAAAAAAAUGAGCACGGUGGUCAUGGCCUCUACGGACGUCAACAUGGACAAUGGAGAAUAACCCCCAAGAUGGCCGUUUGUAUUCCGUUCUGUCACCUUUGUCCAAAUGCCAACGUUCAAAUGAGAAUCUUCUUCCUUUUGUCAGCAAAAUAGGACCCACGCCCAAAAUAGUUGGACCUUUGGACGCGCCAACGAAAAAGUGCAUGCGUGUCUUCUGUACUGUGCCACAUGGUGUUUCCCCCCCCAAAAAAAACAUUGCGUGCAUUAAAUGAAUUUUUAUAUUCCGAUAUAUAAUUUGCAUGCAGCUCUUUAUUCUGCAAUGUGUUCAUUUUCCACAGCGCUGAAAAGAGCCGCGGGGGCCGCCGGAGCUUUUCCCAGCUGACUUUGGGCCAAAGGGGGCUUCACAUCCUGUCCGGUCGGUCGCGGGGCGCAAGGAGAGACGCACGGCCGUUCACAUCCGCGGCGUCGCAGAGCGGGAGCCCGUCCCUCGCUCGGCGCGCACACCGCGCCAUGGGCGACGCCGUUGUUUUUGCACUCGGGAGUCAUUUCGUCCCAUGCAAGUUUCGACGAGGGGGGGCAUUGUUUUACUUGCACCUCGAAGUCAAAGAGAGGGGAGUGAUGAACGUGCUGGGGAGGAGGGGGGGGGUAAUCAUUUAAACAACCAAAGAGAUGAGAAUACGCACAUAUGUACGGUAGAGGUGCGUUUCAAACAAAAACGAUCCUCAUCGAAAGAGCUGAAAAAAGAAAAAAGAACGCCUGAAACAAGAGCUCAGAAAUCGGAAUCAAAA